AUGGAAGGUAGUGACUACCCCGUCCCAACCAUGCGUGGAAGAAUCAAGUUAACCGACAGUAUUGAUGGUGAGAAAAUUUGUCCACUUGACGUGGUGCUGGAUCCAUCGGAUGAUAAACUAGGAGACGGGUUCUACUUUUCUCAGCUUACUCGACAGUUAUAUCUCCAGUCAUCACGCAUCAGUAUUGAUUCGGGGCCUCCUGUGGGUGAAUGUGAGGCGUCGACAUCUUGGACCAUUCCGGAUGCUGAAGCAGAGGCUCCUUCAAACUUGAUUACAACUGGUGGUGGUUUUGUUGGACUUUUUCAGGUUGUGAGGUAUAGGCCAAUAGGUCAAGACAGGGUGUUUAGGCCUCCUACCUACAUGCUUCAGUAUUGCCCUGAAACUUGCUUUAACAUAAGCCUUUACUCAUAUAACGGUGUCACACGUCUUGCUUCCGGUGGUGCUCCAUUUGAGUUUGGGUUUGUUAAGGUCCAAGCAUCUAAUGAGAUAUAG